AUGGUUUCAUUCCAAUGUGAUUCAUGUGCCGAUACUGUCAAAAAACCUCAAUUGGAUAAACAUCGUCAAAAAUGUAGAGGUAGCUUUACUUGUCUCGAUUGCUCGACUACAUUCCAUGAUCAAGCUUAUAAAUCACAUACAACUUGUAUUUCCGAAGCUGAAAAAUAUCAAGGAGCACUUUUCAAAGCACCUAAAAAGGGAAAACAACUUUCCAAUCAUUCCACUCCUGUUCAUGUACCAUCCACCACCACCACCCCUGUCAUUCCUGUGACCCUGGAAAUUCCAACAUCACCUGAUUCAUCCAACAUCCAUCCAUCUCGUCUUAAAGCUCUUCAGUCUAACAAUUUCCAACCAAAUUCUCGUUUGAGCGAAACGGGUAAUCGUGGAGGUCGGAAUUUCGUCCGAGGUAGAGGAGGUUACGGUGCGUCAAAUAAAGGUAACAUGGUUUCUGGACAAAACACUUUAAAACCUCGUGAAGGUACCAUGAGAUCUUGGGGCUCACCUGCCGUUUCAGAACCAAUCAUCAAUACGUCCAAUGAGGAGGAUAAAGGGGUUGUUUUACCAUCUACUGUAUCAGUGGGCAUGGAAGUAUCAGAGAAGAAAAAGAGGAAGAAUAAAGGUGAUAAGGGUGGAGCAGGAUCGAAAGCCCAUUCUAAAAAUCCCAAAUCAUUCAACGACGAGACAACACAUGUCACAUCUUCAGCCGAUCUCAACGAUAUCAGUAUCGUCCCACCAGUCGAGGGCGGCACGAACACCGAAGAACAACGACCUCAAUCCAAGAAACGUAAACGUCAGAGCGAGGAAUUGCAGAACCAACCUGUGAUCAACACCACCCCCAUCUCCUCAGACGAUGAUAAAACGGUCAAACGCAUUCGCAAGAACAUAACAAAGUUAUCCGAGAAACAAAAAGGCACGAUUGCGCUGGGGGAUUGGCUUGAUGAGGUUGCACAGAGCAAGGGAAAGACGUUGGAGUUGAAACAAGUUUUGAAAACUUUACAGGUCAUGUGGACGGAUGGAAAGUGGAUCUUGACAACCUCGUAA